GCAAGGCAACGUCGUUGCAGUCUCGCGCAGGAGGAGAGCAGAGCAGAGCAGCGUCGGGGGUAUGGCGAACGGGUUGAUCGACGCCAUCGCCGCCCUCGUGUCAUCGUGGUCGCGCCACGUGUCGCGCGCCACUAGGAAGCUAUCGGGCCGCCGCCGCAGCGGCUCCCCCUCUGACCGCCGCAAGAAGCCCUCUUCUUGCGACGAGGUCGACACGGACGAGGACGAAGGCGUGUGGCGGCGCGAGAUCCUGAUGGGGGAGAAGUGCCAGCCGCUGGACUUUUCAGGCGCCAUCUACUACGACGCCUUUGGCCGGCAACGGCAGGAGGUGCCCACACCGCGCUCGCCGAUGCGGAGCCCGUUGCCGUCCUUCGCAGCGAAGAGUACUCCGGUCACCGCCGGCUACUGAGUAGCACUGUCACCACGCCUUCCUCUGUUUUUUCCCCCUCCUGUCAGUUUAUCGUUGGCCUGCUUGUGAGUUUUCUUGUUUUUGGGUGUAUAAUCUAAAUGAAUUAAAAGGAUCGAUGGCUUGAAUUUUGAUA